UGCAUUUGCACCCGAGGAGCGAGAGCGAGGUGCAAGCGCAACGAAAGAAACUGUAAAUAUUUACAUCAGCGUCAGUCAAAAGGAUAAUCUCCGUUAUCUCGCGCACCAGAUUGCGAACGAAAAAUCCGCAGAGUUUGGUGGUCGUUAGAGGUGCAAACUGAUGGCGGCCGAAAUUUGCUUCACCUGCCUCCGGGAAACGCCGGAUCCCAUCCCGAUAGCGGACCAAGCGGAAAGUGCCAAAGUGUCCACCACCGGAGGAACGACGUCCUACCGUGGAGUUGUGCUGGCCAAACAUUUCUGGUUCGAUCUCAAUGACCUGAUUCAGGGGGUGUUGUGCGGGCGAUGCUGGUCCAGCAUCGAGGAGUUUCACAAGUUCUAUUGUGAGAUUGAGGAAGUCCAUGAGCAGAAGCUUCGCCUUCCGUUCGCCGAGGUGAAGCAGGAAAUGGUUGAUGGGGAACAGGAGCGCAAUGAUUCCCGGAAUGCUUUGAGGAAUUUGGGAGGAGAUGACCAGGAUAAGGCAGAAGAACAGGUUGAAUGUACAGACCCGGAGGAUGUUUCGGUUUUCAUGCAGGAAGAGCAUCUACUAGAUGAAGAUGAGGAAGAAGACGAUAAGGAGGAGGCUUCUCAAGACGACGACGAGGAUUUCGACCUUGAAGCAGAAGAGGAAGAUGAUGAAAUUCCAGAAACAGUCGCCAAGAAGCCGAGGAAGCAAUCCCGCAAAAGAGUGAGACACGCUGACAAAAUCGCCCAAGGAGAUGAGCUGAUAGCCAACCACUGCAACAUGCACUGUGACGAGUGUUCCCAGGCGUUCAAAUCCUUCAACGCCCUGCAGAUGCAUUCGGCGUCGGUGCACCAGAAGCGAGCCUACGUGUACUGCUGCGAUCGGCGCUUUAACACGCGGACCCGGCUUUACGAGCACGUCCUGCGGCACAUCAAUCCGGAACAGUUCCAGUGCGAUCUGUGUAAGCGGAACUGCGUCGACAGCGAGGGCCUGAAGCGGCACAAGCUGAAGAUGCACACCCCGCUGGAGGAGCGGACGUUCAAGUGCGACAAAUGCUCGAAGGCGUUCGCGCAGGAAUCGGUGCUGAAUAGCCACAAGCGCUACCACGAGGCUAUGGAGAACAAGGAGUUUCCCUGCGGGCAGUGCAAUAAGCAUUUUGGCAACUCGGCUCUCCUAAAGCAGCAUGUUAAGAAUAGUCACACCUCGACGUACGAGUUCGUCUGCGACACAUGCGCCAAGGGUUUCAACCAGAGGGGACUGUUCCUGAAGCACCUGAAAGAUCACGGCCCGAAAGGACCGGAGGACAAGGGCCAGUGUCCGAUCUGCGACCAGUGGCUGUUGAAGGUAAGUCUGAACAAGCACAUUAUGCGUCACAACUCGCCCAGCUAUCGGUGCGAGACGUGCGGCAAGGAUUCGCCCAACAUCCUGGCCCACCGGAGUCACGUGCGGUUUGCCCACUCGGAUGCCCGCUUUACGUGCAAUUUCUGCGGAAAGGUGUUCAAACGGGCGUUAACCCUCAAAGAGCACAUAGCCUCUCACAGCGGGGAGGUCCUGUACACUUGUCCGCACUGCCCGAAGACGUUCAACUCGAACGCGAACAUGCAUUCGCACCGGAAGAAGAUGCAUUAUCAGGAGUGGUUGAACGCACGGCAGAGAAUUAUUGUAAAAUAGAGUAGGUAUUUAUUUAGAGUUUUUUGUGAGGAAGGUUAGAGUUUAUUGUUUAGUUGAGAAAGCCAUUAUCCCAUUAUGCACGUGCUUGCAAAGUGAUAUUCUGACUAGAACUUUCACAAAUAUAAACCGUAACGUUUAAUUUAAGACUUCAUCAGAAUGUGAAUCUUACCUUCUCAAAACUGUGAGCUACGCGAAUCACCAUCAAUCCUCAAAGAAACAGACGUAACACGUAACAUUGCCACGAAAACGCAAUCGCCCAAUGCUAUACGUACUGUGUUUGGCCGGGCCACCACUUGGUGGCAAUACCGAGCAAUCGUCAAACAGGAACAAAAACGAUGCCAGCGCUGCGAGUGG